CUGCCAUUCCUAUGCUCUCAUCUCAGCUGGAGUCAGCUGUCGCCUCGCUUUCACCUGUGAUUUAUACGAACACACGACGACUUCAACUUUCUGCUCCCUCUGCUCUGUGCUCUCCGACUCCGAUCCCUUUCCAUCGCUGAAGGCUCCCCGGCGUCCACGUCCAUCGUCGUCGAGAUGAAGCAGGCCCGUCCGCCGCCGCCCAUGGAGAUGCGACCACCGCCGACCAGGGAGAUGCGACCACCGUCGCCCAUGGAAGACGAGGCGAUCGACGGCUGGCUUCCGAUCAACGCGAGGAGGAACGCCAAGUGGUGGUACUCCGCCUUCCACAACGUCACCGCCAUGGUCGGCGCCGGCGUGCUCGGCCUUCCCUACGCCAUGUCCCAGCUCGGCUGGGAGGUCGGCAUCACGGUGCUGAUCCUGUCGUGGAUCAUUACGCUGUACACGCUGUGGCAGAUGGUGGAGAUGCACGAGAUGGUGCCGGGCAGGCGGUUCGACCGGUACCACGAGCUGGGGCAGCACGCGUUCGGGGAGAAGCUGGGCCUCUGGAUCGUCGUGCCGCAGCAGCUGGUGGUGGAGGUGGGCCUCAACAUCGUCUACAUGGUCACCGGCGGCCAGUCCCUGCAGAAGUUCCACGACGUGGUCUGCGACGGCAAGUGCAAGGACAUCAAGCUCACCUACUUCAUCAUGAUCUUCGCCUCCUGCCACUUCGUGCUCUCCCAGCUCCCCAACUUCCACUCCAUCUCCGGCGUCUCCCUCGCCGCCGCCGUCAUGUCGCUUUGUUACUCGAUGAUCGCGUGGGUCGCGUCGGCGCACAAGGGGAAGUCGCCGGAGGUGCACUACGGCUUGCGCGCGACGACGACGCCGGGGAAGGUGUUCGGCUUCUUCGGCGCGCUCGGGGACGUGGCGUUCGCUUACGCCGGGCACAACGUGGUGCUGGAGAUCCAGGCCACCAUCCCGUCGACGCCGGACAAGCCGUCCAAGAAACCCAUGUGGAAGGGUGUCAUCGUCGCCUACAUCAUCGUCGCCGCGUGCUACUUCCCUGUCUCGCUCGUCGGUUACUGGGCCUUCGGCAACAGCGUCAAUGAGAACAUCCUUGUCAGCCUCAGAAAACCAAAGUGGCUCGUCGCCAUGGCUAACAUGAUGGUCGUCGUUCAUCUCAUUGGCAGCUACCAGCUCUAUGCCAUGCCGGUGUUUGAUAUGAUAGAGACGGUGUUGGUGAGGAGGUUUCGGUUCCGUCCAAGCCUGAUGCUCCGCCUGAUUGCUCGGAGUGUCUAUGUCGGGUUCACGAUGUUCGUGGCCAUCACAUUCCCUUUCUUCAGUGCAUUGCUCAGCUUCUUUGGUGGUUUUGCUUUCGCGCCGACAACUUAUUUUCUUCCUUGCAUCAUGUGGCUCACAAUAUGCAAGCCUAGAGCUUUUAGCAUCUCAUGGUUUACUAACUGGAUUUGCAUUGUUCUAGGAGUGUUGUUGAUGGUACUAUCACCACUUGGUGGACUUCGACAAAUCAUUUUGACAGCCAAGACAUACAACUUCUAUCAAUAAAUAUAUGAUUAAUUCAACAUAAAAUCCAAGGAAUGGAAUCGAUCAUAUAUAUUCAAAGCUUGUUCCAGUUGCUCAUGAUGAUUUAUGACAUGUCGUGAUUUUGUAAAUUAUGGCUUAACCUAAAAAUUAGUUUUGAUUUA